UAAAUGGAAUGAUGAUUGGCUUGGCGACUUACAUUUUGAGGGCAUUCGACGUACACCCGAUAAUCCUUACACUGCGUACCUCUAUGCGUCAAGACUUUUUAGCUUAGCAAUAUGGCAGUUAAACCCCUUGAAAGCCAGUUUUUGAGAGCUUCACUGUCUAAAGAUGGAGCAAAUUCGACAAGAAACUUAAUUGAAGAGAGAGAGAGAGAGAGAGGAAAUGCCACUGUCAAUCUGAAUAAUCAACCAUUUCUAGAUGCUAACAGGAUAACUGAAAUCUUGGUUCCAACCGCUCAACUCAAAUCUCCAACUUCAGGCUCGCAACCUUCGUCUUUUGUGCAAGCUUCCGUACGCACUCUUAAGAUAUCUUCAAAAUCUCAUUAAUCAAUAAAUAUGUAUGUAGACAAAGAUCUAAUCAUCGAAGCCGUGAUAGUAUGGUGUCUCCAAGUCGUAAUGUGUCAUCUCCCAAUAUCAGCUGCAAGCAAAUGCGUAGAUAUUUUUACACGCAUGUUUCCUGAUAGCAGAAUUGCAGAAAAAUUAAAACUUAGCAGGAAAAAAAUCUCUUACAACAUUGUAUUUGGUUUAGCCUCACAUUUCCAUUCUAUACUUUUAAACGAUGCUAUGAAUAGUGGAUUCUACGUAGCUUCUUUCGAUGAAAGCAUGAACAAAUGUUCGCAAAAGCAAUAAAUGAAUGGAAUAAUACUGCAGUGGAUAUAUUACAAAGUUUUUUGGAGGUUACCGAUAAAUUAAACAUGGAAUGCGUCUUGCAGAUAUCAGCGGAUGUGCCAAACGUGAACUUCAAAUUUUCGAAACAAUUGGAAAAUUAUGUUAAAUCUGCAAUUGGUCCCGAUAGUAGAAUCUUGAUGCAAAUGGGUUCGUGCGGAUUGCACACAAUGCACAAUGCGUUUAAAGCUGAUGCCAAAGCCACGAAAAGGAGAAUUGUUAUGUUCAUAAGAGCCGCACACAACGUUUUUAAGGAUGUUCCUGCAAGGAGGAGUGAUUUUCGUCCGCUUACAGGGUCCACUGAACUCACCCCCCCCCCCCCAGUUGGUGAGACAUGGCUGGAAAUAUUACAAAAUUUAGAGAAAUUUAUUGUAGAGGCAAGAAAAAGUAAAUUGGACAUAAAAUCAGAAAGUUACAAAACUAUGUGUGAGAAAGUUGAAGGCAAAAUAUUACCUGCAAAGCUGGUUUUUUGCUUCUAUCGCACGGAGAACUGAGACAUUUUCAAGAGAUUUUCAGAAUGAUGUCCCAUUAGCGCCUUUUCUCCACACAGAGAUAACCAGACUUAUGGUAACCUUGUUGGGAAUGUUUGUAAAAGAAGACAUUUUGGAUAUAGUAGAUUCUGUUGCCAAUAUUGAUCUUAACAGUAAGAACAAUUUGAAAUCGUUGAAGAAUGUAAAGCUCGGUCAUGCUGUUCGGGCAGAGCUUAAGAAGAUACAAGCUUCUGAAGCUGACCUAUCAUCUUUCAAAGAAAAUUUUCGUUUCAUGAUUAAAGUGAUGUGCGAAAAAUUAAUUGAAAGAAGUCCGAUUAAAUAUAAUCUAUGCAAGGGUAUAACAUUUUCUGACCACAAUCUUAUACAUUCCUUUGGGAAAAAAGUUUAUGCUCUUCUCGAAAUGGCAUUAGAAGAAUUUCUUGAAAGAAAUUGGCUGAUUGGAAGUCAGUGCGAUGAAAUUGCUAUCGAAUUCAAGGAAUUAAGUGCCCAGCCGACAGUGCAUUUGAGACUGAAGCCGUAUGACAGAAAAAAGGAGCGUCUUGAUACUUUUUGGAUGUCUGUUCUGACUGAUUAUGGUGCUUCAGAUUUGCUUGUAUCUUUCAUGAAAAAAACCCUCAUUUUGAGUCACGGAAAUGCAUUCGUUAAACGAGGUUUUUCAAUCAAUAAAGAGUUGAUUGUAGAAAAUCAUCUUUCUAGAUCUCUUGUUGCGCAGAGACAAGUAUAUGAUGCAGUUUGAGCAUCAGGAGGCCAAUAAGAUAAAAAGAUCUGUGAAAAGAUGAAAUCCUGUGUACGUCUUUCUCGU